AUGAAAUCAUUAGCAGCUCUGCUAUUUUUAAGUGUAACUUUUGUUUUUGCACUACCGAUUGAAGAAAGUAACAAAGUAUCGGAGAAUGGUUAUUUUGUUCCACAACUCGAUUGGUCCUUGAAAUGGAUGUCCGCAGAGGAAGUUAAAAAGGAGGAACGUAAAGGAGAAACGAAGGCGAGAAAUUGGUUCAAUGAUAGACCAGUGGAUUUUCACUUGUACACUCGGAAGAAUCCUAAAAAGUCUCAGAAAAUAUCUCCCACCGAUCUAAAAGGUUUGAAAAAAUCGAAUUUCAAUAGUGACAAUCCCACAAGAAUCAUCAUUCAUGGCUGGCAAAACAGCUACAAAUCGGAACUUAAUGUUGUAAUCCGUGAAGCUUCAUUAGAAGUCAUGGACUGCAACGUGAUCUCUGUGGACUGGAGUCGAAUGUUAAAUUAUCUCACCGCAAACUAUAUUGGCGCCAAAGCACAGGUUCCCAAAGUUGGUGUCAAAGUUGCCAAAUUAAUUGAUUUCUUAGUCGACGAAGGCAACAUGUCGUUGGAUGAUCUUCAUGUCAUUGGUCACAGUUUAGGUGCUCAUGUGUCAGGGGUAGCUGGCAAAAAUGUGGGUAACGGAGAAGUUCAUACAAUUAUAGCCCUAGAUCCGGCAGGACCAAUGUAUGGAGAUACUAAGCCCUCAGAUCGUCUGACCGAAGAUGACGCUCGAUAUGUUGAAGUAAUUCACACUAAUGGCGGUAUGUUGGGUUAUCUGGAACCAAUUGGUAAUGCUGAUUUCUAUGCAAAUGGAGGCAAAUCACAGCCAGGAUGUCCUUUUGAUCUUGUUGGAUUAUGUUCCCAUUUGAGGGCGUUUUGGUAUUAUGCUGAAUCAAUUAGGGAAAACAGCUUUAGGAGCAAAAAGUGUCCAGGUUUUGAAUAUGCCAUUUCGAACGAAUGUCAUGAUGAAAUUGAUGAAGUCCGAUUGGGAGGUGCAAACAAUUAUGAAUUAGCUAGUGGAGAAUAUUUAACGCCAGUGAAUGAUGUACCACCUUAUGGAAAGUCAUGGAUUAAAUAA